AUGGAAUCCAUCCCAGGAGACUUCAGCAAACGAGUGUAUCAAGGCGUGAGAGUGAAGCACACAGUCAAGGAUCUCCUGGCAGAGAAACGAUCCCGGCAGACGAACAACUCAAGAUUUAAUGGUGGUGUCACCUCCCAGUCUCCAUUUACCCAGGUACCAGGUUCUCCGGCCAUGUCUGGUUUCUACGGCAUCAGAAGGUCAUUCCUCUCCGACUCGGACUUCCACAGCACCAAGCAGUAUCCAGGUGACGUCUGUGGCUCUGGCGCGGCCAAGGCCUUUCCCUGCGAGCCCUCAGCGGGCUCCAGCCACCCAGCCCUCCUGGAUCCCUACUUCCCGGAGCCCUACAGCGACCACCGCCCCUCGGCGCUGACCCCCAGUCCAGGCUCUCUGUUCAGUGCCUCACCCCUGCCGCCGCUGCUUCCACCACCCUUCCCCGGAGACCCCUCACACCUGGUACUGAGGGACACAUGGGAGCAGACGAUGCCUGAAGGACUCGGCCAACCAGACCCUGGACCCACAGACACGCUGCCAACCCUGUCACCAGGCACAAGCUGCCUGUCCCAGCUGGAGUCAGGGAGUGCCAGCCAGCACAGGAGCUCGAGCUGGGCACCUGCACUGCCCGGGGCUCCAUCCUAUUCGCUGCAUGCACUGGAGGAUCUGUACCACAGCCCAGGGUACCCCACCCCAUCCUCCUACCCCUUCAGCCCCUUCAUGACAGUGUCCAACGACCAACCACCCAAGAUGGUGCCUGAUGAGAGCACGGAUCCCUCCGUGCUGCAGGAUUCUUCUCCAUGGACCAAAGAAGAUGGGAGCAUGACCUGGGGGUCAUUCGAGUGCCGCAGAGCUUACUGA